UCCGCGGUACGAAAGCUUAAAAUCUCAACAACCUAGGUAGGUACCAGCGCAGCGGGCUCCGAGACUGAUAUUUUCUUUCUUUCUUUUCCUUUUCCUUUUCCUUUUCUUCUCCUUACCUCCAUACUUUUCUACUUUUUUCUUUCGCUCCCUUGCCUAUUCUGACUAGGGUAGCUGCCAGUUAACAAGUCCUCGAGCACCGAUGUCACGCCGCUUCAACCAUGUUGACAUUCCCUCUCUUACUGGCAGGGGAAAGAACGAUUGAGAAUAGAGAAGCCGCAGUUGGCAGGAUGACAGAGCAGGAAGACUUCAAGAAGGAAGGAGAGAUGAUAAUACAAACCUCUUGCACAGCCUACGGCCUCACCAACAUUGGUGAUAUCGCUCGUCUCCCUCUCUUCGCACCCACCUAUAUGCGUCUUUACCAACAAAGCCACCACCUCAAUCAAACAUUAUCUCGACACCGACGCAGCCCGUACCACGUUGAGCGACCAACCGCCUACUUCCACGCGACCAAGCAAUCGCAAACAAAGAACCAACGUCAACAGAUCCAAAAGCAGAGCGCAAAAAGCCGCUCCAUACGCCCGCGCCCAUGCAAAGACCGCACGCUCGCGCGCACCCACUUGUUCGUCAUCCAUCUAACUCCUCGUCCGCGCAUUACUUUCUCUGCGAUGACGAUGACGAUGCCGCCGAUACGACCGAUGCUGCCGAUACGACCGAUGCUGUACAAAGCCAUUACGCCGCUCCAAGCGAUCCAACCCAUCCAUGCAUGUAUGCAUGCGACGCGCAAACUUGACCAAUGCAAAACAAAAAACCGCACCGAGCUGAGCCUUCUCUUACGCCUCAUGGCUCACGCCUCAACGCCAUGUCCGCCACAGCUCCGUAGCUGCUGCGCGCAAAGAUAGGAGAAGUGGCAAAUAUUGUAGGACACCCUGCCUGCCGCAAAGGCAAACCGCCCGGUCAUCCAUAUCCUGCUUCAGCCUCUACCCAAUCGCAGGCUCGUGUUCCCACCGCGUGCCACGAGCAAAGAGGGUGCGUGCUAGUAAGUGGAAGGAGGCGAGACGCGCCGUAUACCCUGCGCAGGCGUCUCAUGCA